AUGGCCACAGAUUCAAGUGCUGAAUUUUUUACCGAGUGGGCACCUGACACUCAAACACGAAAAACGUUCGACGCACUUCAAGGUGAAAAAUCUCGCCUCUAUGAUCAUUGCUUGAAAGAGAACAACAAGGUCGAAGAUGAAGCAUCAGUCGUACAGCAAGAAAAAGAGCAACUAGAUGAAGCAACAAAACGAAGCUUUGAAAAAUGUCAUCGUUUACUAAGCCAAAUGGGACAACAAGCACAAAGAGCAAAAGAACUAGAACAUGAACGUCAGCAAUUGAUUAAUCAGCGUCAAGAUUUGCUACGCAAGCUCGACAAUGAUCAAAGCAAACUCGACAAAUGCGAAUCGAAAUUCGUGGAGGUUGACGAAGAGAUAAAUGAUGGUACAGAAGAAUACGAACGAUUGAAACAAGAAAGUCAACAACUUCAACAACGGCUCGAUGAUUUGAACAGAAAAGAAAAUGAAAAUCUUGAACAACAAAAUUAUCUACAACUGUCACUAAAUGGACUACAAACGAUCAUCCAACGAACGCAAGAAGAAUUACAAGAAAAAAUGCAACUGUUAAACGACGAACAAGCGAAACUAAAGGAAACUGAAGAAGAGAUACAACAAUUGAAAGAACAAUUGAAGCACAUGGAACUUCAAUUGAAACAAAUUCAACGAGAUCUCGAACGUCUCCAAGACGAACAAACGCAAUUGAACUUCAAACAACAAGACUUACAACACGAACAAGAACAAUUGGAAAAUAUCGUUGCGCAACUUCAACAAUCCUUGAGACAAAGAGAAGCCGGUCUUUUACAGAUGCAACUCGACGCCGAUGUUCUCAAAGAGAAAAUUCAAACAUUGAAUAAACAGUUGGAAGCGAUUGAUGAAGAGAUACAACAGCUCACCGAACGAUUGAAUAAUGAAAAGGAAAACGUUAAUCGUCUGGAGCAACAAUUACUUGAAAAUGACAAUGAAAGAAAAGCGUUGGAGACUACCAGGCACGAACUUAUCAAGCGCAAACAAGAACUUGACGAUGAACAUGUCACUCUUGUCAAUCAACAAGAUGAAUUAAAAGUUAAACAAACUGCUACCGAGAAUGCGUUGCAAGAAAUUAAAACAAAAAUACUCGAUAUCGAAGGUAAACAGCAGAGAUUACAGUCACAGUUAGCCGAUCUGGAUAAACAAGAAGAACUGCGCCAAGCAGCUCUCGUUCAAAAGACCAAUGAGUGCGAAAAUCUGUCGGAGGAUCGAGACGAAGCGAAUCGAAAUUUACAACGAAUCGAAAAUGAGCGACGAGAAAGCGAACAAAGAUUGCAACAAACUAAACAACACUUAAUGGAAGCGAAUCGUCAGUAUGAACAGGCGACAAGCGAAGAGCAAAUGGCAUUGGUACAACUGAAUGAUGCAGCACAUGAAAUGCGGGUAGCUGAAGAAGAAGUACGCGCGAAACAAGAAGCACUUGAAGCUAAGCAAGCGCUUGCUGCCGGGUGUACGGUAAUUAGUAUACUCGGUUUAUUUAGUUUUGGCAAAGCCGCUAAGGCAGCACAUACGGCCGCAGUUCAACAUGCACAACAAGAACUUAGUGAGGCCAAAUCACGCUUAGAAACAACACGGCAUCAACAUCGAGAUGCUCAACAACGACAUUUAACAAGCAAAAAUAAAACUGCCGACGCUAGUCGACAAUUAAGAUAUAAAAAAGAUGAACUUGCCAAUCAAGAACAGAUAUUGCAAGUGAAGAUCGACGAAGUGACUCACGCAAAGUGCAAAUUCGACGGGUUGAAGGUAGCGUGCCAACGAGCUCAAUUGAAAAAGAGCGAAUUAGAAAACGAUGUGAAAAGAGUGGCGAAGAGAAUUACAGAAACUCGAUCUAAUAUUAGCGUUGCAGAGACCGAAUUACAAAAACACCAACAAGCCGAAGCGACGCACGACGCUCAAAAGAAUGAUCUUAUCUCCAGAUUGAAGACUAUGGAUAUUGAAAUUACAAAGCACAAUCGAACGAUCAAAGAUCACAAGGAAAUAAUGAAUCAAAACGAAUUGAAUUUAGCUGAAAAAUUAAAAAAACAGCAAGAUCUAACUAGGGAGAUUCAGCAAGGAAAGCAGAAGGUACGAUCAACAAAGCAAGCGCUAGGAGCCAAAGACAACGAAGAGAAAGCGAAGAAACGCGAAGUUACCAUGGAGGAAACACAUCUGGCAUCGCAAAAGCAAAGUGUUGUUGAGUUGCAACAGCAGAUUCAAACUCAACAGGGACGAUUAACCGAAGUUCGAAAGCAGAGUGCAACGAAUCGAUUUGAACUAAAUACUGUUGCUGACAAGUUGACAGAAUUAACUGAAGAAAAGAAUCGAAAGCAACAAAACCAUGAUGAAUGUACGAACGAUAUAAAAAAGAAAGAGAAAGUCUGUCAUGACAGAUAUGCUCGUGUAUUACAGCUCAAUAGCGAAAUUCAAAGUUUAGAACGAAGACUAGCUACGCUUAAUGAACGUGACAAUCAAUUGAUGAAACAAAUCUCCAAUCUGGAGAAGGAAUUGCAAAACAAGAAAACAACAACGGACAAAAGUGGUUUACGUCUGGAGAAAGCCAAAGAUAAAAAGAAGUCCGUUGAGUCAGAACGUACUGCAGCAGCGAAAACAUUGGAAGAAACAAAGUCUCGAACAGAAGAUCUCAGAUUGAAACUAGAUCAAAACGCAAAGAAAUUCAACGAAAAUGACCAACUUUUUCAUCAAUUACAAGAUAAUCUUAAUCAAUCAAAUGGAGAAUUCGACAUGAAUGAGAAUAAGCGUACUCAAGUUCUUGAUGUACUUCACGGACAUGAAAAAACGAUGACAGAUAUAAAAAUCUAUUAUGCUCAAACGCAUGCCGAGUUGGAAGAGAAAUCAUUUGAACUGAUUGAUCAAGAUAUCCAACGGCGUCCGAAUCAUCGUUGGAACCAAAUAGCACAAGUUCAACAGACUCCUGUUGUUCACUCCAAUCAACAAAAUCGAUAUCAAUGA